ACAACAGAUAUACAUAUAUACACACAAGUUUAUACAUAUAUAUAUAUAUUACAUCUCCGGUGGGCCGGCCAUAAAACUCCUUAAAUCUAUAUAUAUAUAUCCCAUUAUGUUCGUCUUUACUUCCCUAGCUUUUUAUUCCUGAUUUCUUCCCCUUUUGGCCCCCAAAGGAAAUUGAUUCUAAAUCUAAGCUCUUGAAUCCUUUUCUUUCGUAUGUUCUUUCUUUUCAUCUUUGUGUGAAAGAAAGAUGGCAUGAUUAUGGAACAACCCUAAAGUUAGUUUGAUUUCAAGCCUGUUUUUUCAGCUAUCGACACCCAUAAUUAAGCCCCCCCCCCCCACCCCCCAUAUUCUUGUAUAUAUAUAUACACACAUACACAUACAUAUGCAUAUGCUCAUCAUAUAAAUAGGGGUGGGGUUUCCCAGUGUUGUGGGCUUUGCGGUAUUUAUUAUGUAUGACAGCAACGACAAAGAGAAUCAAGAAAACGUUAUUUCUCAGGGUAUCCAAAUCUUAGCUGAUAACAUUGAGGGUUUCCAAAUUCAGGAGGAAUCGUCGUCGUCACUAUUCACUCCUCUUCAGAUGCAGCAACACAACAGCAGUGCUACUGCCGAUGCAUAUAUUGGGGGGGUUGGAGCCCCCAACGCCGGAGGAGGAUCCACACUGACCUUCCCUGAAGUUUCACAAAUCCUUCCAUGGACACUCCCUCAAGUCCACAAUUUCAACCACGACCCCUUUCUCCUCCCCCCUCCCGCGCCGCCGUCUUAUGGAGGUCUGUUCAACCGGCGGCCGCCAUCGGGCCUCCAAUUCGGAUACGAUGGUUCGUCUUCCGACCACCAUUUGAGGCUCAUUUCCGAGUCUUUAGGCCAGGUGGUUCACCCUAGCUCCACCCCCUUCGGCCUCCACGCCGAGCUCCAGAAAAUGACUGCUCAAGAAAUCAUGGAUGCUAAGGCCCUCGCAGCUUCCAAAAGCCACAGUGAAGCUGAAAGGAGGCGCAGAGAAAGAAUCAAUAAUCAUCUUGCUAAGCUUAGAAGCCUAUUGCCAAGUACAACCAAAACGGACAAAGCCUCAUUGCUGGCGGAAGUAAUCCAGCAUGUGAAGGAGCUCAAGAGGCAGACUUCAGUAAUAGCAGAAUCAAGCCCGGUGCCGACGGAGAUCGACGAAUUAUCAGUGGACAAUGCAUUGGAUGAAGAGGGAAAGCCGGUGAUCAAAGCCUCAAUCUGCUGUGAAGACAGAUCAGACCUCUUGCCUGAUCUGAUCAAGACACUCAAAGCCUUAAGGCUAAGAACACUGAAAGCUGAAAUCACCACACUGGGUGGGAGGGUAAGGAAUGUACUGUUCAUCACUGGAGACGAAGAUGGUAACAGUGGUGAAGUUGAGCAUCAGAUGCAGCAGCAGCAGCAGCACUGCUCCAUAAGCUCAAUACAAGAAGCCCUCAAAGCAGUCAUGGAGAAAUCCAACGGUGAUGAAUCAGCUUCUGGGAAUGUCAAGAGGCAAAGGACCAAUAUCAACAUCCUUGAACACAGGUCCCUUUAAGUACUUCAAUUCCUCCUAUAAUUAAUUAAUUAAUUAAUUAAUUAAAAUCCUACAUUAAUUAUUCCCACUUUUUUUUUAAAUUUUUGGGGUGUUUUGUGUGGUUUUGGGUUUGUGCUUCUUUCACUAUAGAUAAGGGUAUGGGUGUGGUAGAAGUAAAUUAUAUAUUUGGGAGUGAAACAGUAGAGGAAGAAAGUGAAUUGGGAUCAUACACACAGAGGGUUGAGUGGAUUGUGGUUGGUCAGAUUUCCAGUUACAUCAUUUUCGUCUUCACUAAGAACAUACAGAUGGGGGAAUGUAUAUUGGAAAAUCUUUUUCUUGAGAGGGAAAACUUAGAUCAAAACCUCAAGUAGAAAAUCUUUGCAACACUUUCGAGAGAGGGUUUCUUGUUGGCAAUAAGAUACGUACGUACGUCGCAAUUCUGCUGCUGCUGCUGCUGCUUAGUUUGUUGUUUUGUGGUUUUCUGUUGCCUACAAAUUGAGUUUGAAGAAAGUCCCCACCACGCUGUUGCAGGGUUUCAUGCUGGACUUAGUUCCAUCUUUCUUGAGCUGUUAUAUUAUAUCAGAUCAGUAUCAUUAUCAUAUAUGGUUCUGUAUAUAUAUAUUAACUAAUGGGAUUGGUAUAUUUAAGUUAAGUUUCUUUGUGCAAGGUUUGAAGUGGUCGAUAUAUAUGUAUUUAUGGGGGGGUGGGAUGGAUAUGGAUAUCGAGGGGUGGAUCAGUUUGCUGUAUCAAAGUGCAACAUUUUUAUUAGCACUUGCCAUCACCAAAAAAAACAAUCAAUAUAUUUCAUC